UCGUCCGUGGAUCUACACUCGAUUACAUAUAUAUUAUGUUGCGGCGUGCAUAAUCCUCAGUGCAUUAACCGAAUUACAUGCAUAACUGUGCACGCGAGUGUUAAAUUAAAGUGAAAAAAAAGUUGAAUAAAAGAUAAAUUUAUAACGAUAAAAUAAAAUAAAAAGACACGUAGCAGGGACCCCUAAAAUGGAAACGGAUGUGGGUAAAAUGGAAACGGAUUUCGGCAAAAUGGAAAUAGGUGUCGCGAAAAAUGCGGGACAUUCGAUAAACGGACACGCGAUGUGUCCAUUCAGUGGUAAAAUUGCAGUGCAAAAUCAAAAGCAUGAAAAACCUAAUCUAAAGUUAAAAGUUCCUCAGCCAAUAAGAUUGAAGAAUCAUCUUGUCAGUGAAGAAAAUUACGAUGUUCUCCAUUCACAGAUCGAUGAAGUCGCCAGUUUUAACACAAAAUGCACAGAGAAGGUAUGCCAGAACAGUAUAAUGGAUAUUCCAAACAGAGGAGACUCUCCGCGCUCCGAGGAAGAGGUUUACAAAGAAGCUCAGGCGUUUCUCAAACAGUACUUUUCUUCAAUACGCAGAGAAAACACAGACGCGCAUAUAUCAAGACUACAUGAAGUAGAGAGAGAGCUGAAAGAAAAAGGUACCUACCAGCUCAAAACACCGGAACUUGUGUUUGGUGCUAAGCUGGCGUGGAGGAAUGCAUCCAGAUGCAUCGGCAGAAUACAAUGGAAGAAAUUACAAAUAUUCGAUUGCAGAGCAGUAACAACCGCGAGCGGUAUGUUCGAGGCGCUGUGCAAUCACAUCAAGUACGCCACGAAUAAAGGAAACAUAAGGUCAGCGAUAACCAUCUUUCCCCAACGGACGGACGGCAAGCAUGACUACAGGAUAUGGAGCCCACAACUCAUCAGCUAUGCGGGCUACAUUGAACCAGACGGCUCAAUAUUGGGUGAUCCAGCUAGAGUCGAAUUUACAGAGGUAUGCAUAAAACUGGGAUGGAAGCCGCCUCGUACAGCGUGGGAUAUUCUUCCUAUAGUAGUGUCAGCUGACGGCAAAGAUCCUGAAUACUUUGACAUACCACGCGAAAUUGUUAUGGAAGUGAAGAUGGAACAUCCCAAAUACGAGUGGUUCAAAGACCUAGGAUUACAAUGGUAUGCCUUACCCGCAGUAUCAAAUAUGAGUCUGGACUGUGGAGGCUUGGAGUUUACUGGUACCGCCUUCAAUGGUUGGUACAUGGGUACUGAGAUUGGAUGUCGCAACUUCUGCGAUUCAAAUAGACUGAACAUUGUUGAGAGUAUAGCAAACAAAAUGGGCCUAGACACAAACUCGUACGUGUCAUUGUGGAAAGACAAAGCAUUGGUGGAAGUGAACAUAGCUGUGCUGAACAGUUUCCACAGAGACAAUGUGUCUAUAGUUGACCACCACUCCGCGUCGGAACAGUUUAUCAAACAUCUGGAUAAUGAGAACAAAAGCAGAGGAGGCUGUCCGUCUGACUGGGUUUGGAUUGUGCCACCGAUGUCUUCCUCUUUAACUUCAGUAUUUCACCAGGAAAUGGCUUUAUAUUACUUACGCCCAUCGUAUGAUUACCAAGAGCCUGCUUGGAAAACUCACCAAUGGGUGAAGUCAGAAGAUAAGCCCAGAACUAGAAAGUUCCACUUCAAACAAAUUGCCCGCGCCGUCAAGUUUACAUCCAAACUAUUUGGCCAAGCACUCUCCAAGCGAAUUAAAGCGACCAUACUUUAUGCCACAGAGACAGGCAAAUCUGAACAGUAUGCCAAAGAGUUAGGAACUAUUUUUGGACACGCUUUCAAUGCUCAGGUGCAUUGUAUGUCUGAAUACGACGUAUUUUCGAUAGAACACGAGACCCUCUUACUGAUCGUAACUUCUACCUUCGGCAACGGUGAACCACCUGCAAAUGGCGAGGAAUUCGCAAAACAUUUGUUGCAAAUGCUAUAUAAUGAAAAGAAGAAUCAAGGAGACCAAGUUGAUAGUGCUGGGACUGUCAAAGUACACACGCCCAAAUCACUAAUACGAACAAACAGUGCCAUGACGCCAAGUAUCGACUACAAAAAACAGUUGUCUCGUAUGGAGUCCAAUAAGAACUCAAAUGCUAUCGACUACAAAAGACAACUAUCACGUUUGGAAUCCAAUAAAAGUAGUAUAACUGCAUCAACACCCGAAAUCAUAGGUCCAUUGAGCAAUGUAUGUUAUGCUGUAUUUGCUCUGGGCUCUAGUGCGUAUCCAAAAUACUGUAACUUUGGAAAAACUAUGGAUAGAGUUCUGGAAGAGUUAGGAGGAGAGAGGCUAUUAGAAUUAACAUGUGGUGAUGAAAUGUGCGGCCAAGAACAACAGUUUCGUAGUUGGUCGUCAAACAUAUUUCAGGUAGCGUGCGAAUCAUUUUGUCUUGAAGAAAAUGAAAUGGUUAAAAAUGCCAAAAAAUCAUUCGGCAUGAUGCCACUCACAGAGGAAACAGUGAGAUUUAAUAGAGCAGAAAAACAGCAGUGUCUAAAAACAGCCUUGGAACAGAGCUACAGGAAACAGAUUGUUACGUGUCAUGUAAAAGAAAAUAAACAUUUAGGCGAAGUUUCAAACGAUCGUGCUACUAUAUUUGUGGAUAUGGAAUCUACUACUGAAUUAAAUUACGAUCCAGGAGAUCACGUCGGUGUAAUGGCUUGCAAUCGUAGCGAAAUAGUUGAUGCUGUAUUAAAAAGACUCAAAGGUGUAGAUAACUUCGAAAGACCUGUGCAACUUCAAGUUAUGAAAGAAAAACUUACUCCAACAGGCACUGUAAAGUCUUGGGAGCGCCAUGAGCGUAUACCUGUUGCAACUAUCCGCCAGAUUUUUACAAGGUUUUUAGACAUUACAACACCACCAUCCACCAAAGUAUUAAAAUAUCUAGCUUCAGCUUGUACUGAUGAAAAUGAGGCUGAUUAUUUAAGAGAACUCAUAGAGGAUUCAAACAAGUAUGACGAUUGGAUGCAUCACUAUUAUCCUCAUCUUGCAGAAGUAUUCUCUCAAGUUCCAUCUUGCAGACCGCAAGCUUCGCUGCUAGCUGCAUUAUUACCUCCUUUACAACCUAGAUUCUAUUCCAUAUCAUCUUCAUCAUUAGAACAUCCAAAUAAAAUCCAUGUGACGGUUGCAGUUGUUGUUUAUAAAACUCAAAAUGGUGAAGGUUCAACGCAUUAUGGCGUAUGCUCGACCUACUUACAAAGUUUAAAGCCAAAAGAUGAAGUGUAUGUUUUUACUCGCAGAGCACCAAGUUUCCACAUGCCGCAGGACAUAUCUGUACCUCUCAUAUUAGUAGGACCUGGCUCUGGCAUUGCACCAUUUAGAGGAUUCUGGCAUCACAGGAGGCGACAAAUUCUAGAUAACUCAACAAAUGGCAAGAAACCAGGUCCCAUUUAUCUACUUUUUGGCUGCAGAUAUAAAGGAAUGGAUUUAUAUAAAGAUGAAAAAGAACAACUUGUCAGUGAGGGCGUACUAACGAAAUCUUUAUUAGCACUGUCCCGAGAAGAGGGAGUUAGUAAGAAACAUGUUCAAGCUUUAUUAGAAGAUGAAGGUGCUUAUAUAACACGUAUGCUGGUAGAUGAAGGUGGACAUUUCUACGUAUGUGGAGAUUGCAAGAUGGCAGAAGAAGUACAGCAAAAGCUAAAGGAUGUUAUUAAACGGCACGCACGUUAUUCAGAUGAAGAGGCUGACGAUUUCAUAUUAUUUUUAAUGGAUGAGAACAGAUACCAUGAAGAUAUAUUUGGUAUCACACUGCGUACAUCGAUUGUACAUAAGGCAUCGAGGGAAUCUGCGAAAAGAACCCGUUUACAAUCUAUGCAAUCUUUUUGUUUAUCGUAGUUUAUGAUAUUGAGUAUUUUGCUAAAUAUAAGAGAAAUUCUGAUUUAAAUGCUUUAUUAUACAUCGGUUUAACAAUAUCCUUUUGAGGUUAAACUUACUUUAAGUUAUUGUAUUUAGUGGUGUAAAUAUAAUGAUAAUAAAUAAUUAAUACUGGACAA